AUGGCUUUGUUUUCAAACAUGCCUAGAGCAAUUGUUCUUCUUCUGCUUCUCAUUUUGUCAACACCAUUCAUUCACAAAACCAAAAAUCUUGCUGUGGCAGAUUUCAAAUUGAUUCAAAAUUUAUGUCACAACUCUGAGUCACCUGAAACUUGUAUGAGGUGUGUGCAGUCUUCUAAAGAUGCUGAGAAAUCUAACAGUGUUGGUAUAGCCAUAAUCAUUGUUGGCUGCAUUAAUGACAAGGCAAAGACCUUGGCACUCAACAUAACACAAUUGGCUUCUACAAUUUCUGAUCCAAAUAUGAAGUUCCUUUGUCAAAGAUGUGUUGAUGCUUAUGGGAAAUUCAUUGCAAAGAAAAUGUUGAUUUCAGCCAAGCAAGCCUUGCAGAAUCACAAAUAUGACAAUGCCGAGUCUUUUGUUGUGAAAGCUCUAAAAAUUGAUACUACUUGCCACGAAUAUUUCAAAAGCUACCAAAAUAAAGUGCCAAGUGAGAUUUUUUAUGAUAUGAAUAUGUAUGAGGAGCUCUCUGAGGCUGCUUGUAGAAUAAUUGAAAAGCUUUAG